UGCGCAGCUGGGCUGGGAGCCGGAGCCGGAGUCGGAGUGGGGCAGCCUCUCGCCCGGCAGGAUGGUGGUGCUGGGGAGUUACUGCCCGGGGAACGGCACCAUCUCCCAGCCAUGGACGCAGCAGGGGUUCUCCCCCUGCUUUUACUUCACGCUGGUGCCCACGGUGCUGCUGAGCGUCUGCCUCCUGCUGGGCGCCCUGCAGUACGCCUGCUACGCCCGCUUCGGCCGCGCCAUGGAGCCCAAGCACAUCCCCCGCUCGCGCCUCUUCCACGGGCAGGUGCUGCUCUCGCUGCUGCUGGCGGUGCAGCCCCUCGGCGCCCUCCUGUGGCAGGCGCUGGAUGCGGGUCCCCUGUACGGCUACGCGCUGCUGUACGGCUGCCUCUCGGCCGUGGGCUGGGGCUGCGCCCUCGGCCUCCUGCAGCUGGAGCACACCCGGGUGCUGGCGCAGGACAGGACCAGAGGCCACGGCACCGUCCUGCUGCUCUUCUGGGCGCUGGCCUUUGCCGCCGAGAACCUGGCCCUGGUGUCCUGGAGGAGCCCCCUCUGGUGGUGGUCCCUGGGAGACACCCCUCAGAAGGUGCAGUUCAGUCUGUGGGUGCUGCGAUACGUCUGCACCUUCACCCUCUUCGUGCUGGGGAUGAAGGCCCCCGGGCUGCCGCACAAGCCCUACAUGCUGCUGGUGAACGAGGAUGAGCGCGAUGUGGAGAACAGGCAGCCCCUCCUGGCAGGCGACGGCGGCAGCCACUCCACCUGGAAGGAUUUGGGCCGGAAGCUGCGGCUGCUGGUGCAGUACGUGUGGCCGCGGGGCAGCCACCUGCUGCAGGGCCUGGUGCUGUUCUGCAUGGUGCUGAUGGGGCUGGAGCGCGUCAUCAACGUCUUCGUGCCCAUCUACUACAAGAACAUCGUGAACGAACUGACGGAGGGCACUGCCUGGCACACAGUCGCCUGGACCAUCUGCACCUACGUGUUCCUGAAGUUCCUGCAGGGUGGAGGCGCCGGCUCCACCGGCUUCGUCAGCAACCUGCGCACCUUCCUGUGGAUCCGGGUGCAGCAGUUCACCAACCGGGAGGUGCAGGUGCGUCUCUUCGCCCACCUGCACGGCCUGUCCCUGCGCUGGCACCUGGGGCGCAAGACAGGCGAGGUGCUGCGCAGCGUGGACAGGGGCACCAGCAGCGUCAACAGCCUGCUCAGCUACAUCAUCUUCAGCAUCUUCCCCACCAUCGCGGACAUCGUCAUCGGCAUCAUCUACUUCAGCUCGGCCUUCAGCCUCUGGUUCGGGCUCAUCAUCUUCGUCUGCAUGAGCCUCUACCUGACCCUGACCAUCAUCAUCACGGAGUGGAGAACCAAGUACCGGCGGGACAUGAACUCCCGCGACAACGAGGCCAAGGCCCGGGCCGUGGAUUCACUGCUCAACUUCGAGACGGUGAAGUAUUACAACGCGGAGAGCUAUGAAGUGAAUCGAUUCAAUGACGCCAUCCUCAAGUACCAGGUCUCGGAGUGGAAGGUCAAUGCCUCGCUGGCCCUGCUGAACCAGACCCAGAACCUGAUCAUCGGCCUGGGGCUGCUGGCGGGGUCCCUGCUCUGCGCCUACUUUGUGACUGAGAAGAGGUUCCAGGUGGGGGACUUUGUCCUGUUCGGCACCUACAUCAUCCAGCUCUACACGCCGCUCAACUGGUUCGGCACCUACUACAGGAUGAUCCAGAGCUCCUUUAUCGACAUGGAAAACAUGUUCGAGCUCUUCAACGAGGAACAAGAGGUGAAGGACGAGGUGAAUGCAGGGGACCUUCGCUUCCGCUCAGGGCGCAUUGAGUUUGAGAAUGUGCACUUCAGCUACAUGGACGGGAGGGAAAUCCUGCAGGACGUCUCCUUCUCGGUGAUGCCCGGACAGACCCUUGCCCUGGUGGGUCCGUCUGGCUCAGGGAAAAGCACCAUUAUCCGCCUGCUCUUCCGCUUCUACGAUGUGUGGGGCGGCUGCAUCCGCAUCGACGGGCAGGACAUCGCCAAGGUGACGCAGGCCUCGCUCCGCGCCCACAUCGGGGUGGUGCCCCAGGACACGGUGCUCUUCAACGACUCCAUCUGCAACAACAUCCGCUACGGGCGCGGCGCCGCCUCCGACGAGGAGGUGUGCCAGGCGGCCCGCGCUGCCGACAUCCACGAGCGCAUCCUCUCCUUCCCCGAGGGUUACGAGACCCAGGUGGGGGAACGAGGCCUGAAGCUGAGCGGGGGGGAGAAGCAGAGAGUGGCCAUCGCGCGCACGAUCCUCAAGGGCCCGCAGAUCAUCCUGCUGGACGAGGCGACGUCAGCGCUGGACACCGAGACGGAGAGGAACAUCCAGGGUUCACUGGCCAAGGUCUGCGCCAACCGCACCACCAUCGUCGUCGCCCACAGGCUCUCCACGGUUGUCAACGCCGACCAGAUCCUGGUUCUCAAGGACGGGCGCAUUGUGGAGCGCGGAAGGCACGAGGAGCUGCUGCAGAAGGGUGGCGUCUACGCCGGGAUGUGGCAGCAGCAGCAGGCGGGGGACGCGUCCGACUCCGACACGGAGAGCAAGGACCGCAGCUCCGAGAAGCUGCCGGCGGCCCCCAGGAAGGGUCCGUGAGCGCAGGCAGGAGCCAGGGGACUUCGGGCAGCGCCAGCAGCACAGAGCUGCCCCCAGCCCCCGCGCCGUGGCUGCAGUUU